AUGGCCGCGGGACACCGCGGUGGGCCCGGGCCCUCGCUUAUCUGUCCGGUGCACGCCGGCUCCCGGAGCGACACGCGCACCAAUUCGCAGGCCGCUGUGCCGGCCGUCGCGUUGUCCGCGGCCGGUGGCGUCGGCGGCGACGGUGGUGGCUUUGACGGUGACGGGGACGUGGACGAGGGCUGCGGCCCGGUCCGGUGCAUCGCGGCGACCACGGUGACCGUGGCCGUGGCGGCCGUGACUGUGGCCGUAGCGGCGGACGUUGGCGAGGCGCCGGUUGCGGUCAUGACCAGCGCUGCGAGCACCAUCGGCCAAAUGACGACGAGACGGAUGAGACCGCCGCCGGUGCUGGCAGCGCGCAUUGUACCGCCGGAACCGGCGCCACCACUCUAUCACAACCGAUCCGGCCGUUUCGCCUCGGAAUCCGCAUUUUUCCUCCUUGUACCUGAAACAAACGAUGAAAUGUUUUAA